AUGCCACUUUUCAAUCCCCAACUUGCCCUUUCCCAUCGCCAUACAGGCUAUUCGUCAACGACUCCCGACGAAAUCGCCCAGAGAUUACGAGAUGCCACCAUGGCCAUCAUCACCAUGAUGCCCAUCUCGGUACAAGACUUGGACCAAUGCCCCAGCCUUAAGUGCAUCUUGGCCACAUCUACCGGUGUCGACUGGAUCGAUAGAGACGCUUUCCUGAAGCGAGGCAUCAGAGUCCUCAAUACUCCCCAUACCAACAUCGCUGCCUUUGCGGAACACGCAAUCGCAUUGUACUUUGCGGUGAGAAGAAGGAUUAUCGAGUUACACGGUGUUAUGACGACGACAAAAGAAUAUUACGAGCGACGAACACUCAAACAUCGUUUCCCUGAGCUGCCCCUUAGCUGCUCUCAAGAAACCCUGGGUGUAUUUGGUUAUGGGCAUUUGGGGAAGUGCAUCGAGUCGAUAGCUACGGCCCUGGGAAUGCGAGUGCUGAUAGCUGAAAGAAAAGGCCAGCCCCCUCGGGACGGCCGCGUCGCAUUCGAAGACGUUCUCCGUGAGGCAACGGUCCUUGUCAUUGCAGCACCCAAGAAUCGUGAUACAGUAGACAUGAUCAGCGAAGGCGAGCUGAAGACAAUGAGACGUGAUGCAAUAUUGAUCAACGUGGCUCGUGGUGGGAUCGCCAACGAAGAGGCUCUCGUCAAAUGCCUUCGUAGUGGAUGGAUCGGGGCGGCCGCGGUGGACGUAUAUGACGGCGAACCCCCACAGCGAGGUGUUUCUCCCUUGUUAGAAGACAACAUACCGAAUCUGAUUCUGUCGCCGCAUCUGGCUUGGCUUUCGGCGCAGAUAAUCUCGAAUCGGCAAGACGGAAUUGUCAAGGAGCUCGUCGCGUAUGUUGCUGGCGAGUCGGCCAAUGUCAUUCUCUAG